UUAUAUUAAAAUGUCGGUUUCUGCACAUGGUUUGGGGCUCUGUGUAUGAGUACGGUUAAUGUCUUCAAUUUAUUAAGAAGAUAAAGAGGUCGAUAAAUAAAGAGGUCGAGCCCGUUUUGCAAGGUCACACAAGGAAGAAACGGACCACGAAAAUGAACUUCGGCGGCCACCUGCGGUGAGCGCGCUAGAGGUCUUUUGAACUUCUUUGGCUACCGUCGCCGGGUUCUCGCUGCGCACUUUUUCUGCGCCUGCGCGCGGUGGAGAGCCGUCCAUUUUUCCAUCAGUCUGGAAGGACGUUGGUGUUGAGGUUGGCGUACGUAUCAAGGACAGUAAUUAACUAUGGCUUCUGAAGUUUUGGCAAAACCUCAGAUGCGUGGUCUUCUGGCCAGGCGUCUGCGAAUUCAUAUGGUUGGAGCAUUCCUGAUAUCCCUGGGGGUUGCAGCUCUCUAUAAGUUUGGUGUGGCUGAACCAAGAAAGAAGGCAUAUGCGGAUUUCUACAAAAAUUACAGUCCCGAGAAAGAUUUUGAGGAGAUGAAGAAGGCUGGUGUCUUUCGUAGUAUAAAGUGAUCUUGGAAUAGAAAGAAUUUCUUCAGGUUGAAUUACCUAGAAGUUUGUCGAUGACUCGGGCUCCUGAACUAUGACACAUGAAUAUGUGGGCUAAGAAAUAGUUUCUCUUGAUAAAUAAACAAUUAACAAAUAC